AUGAAAAAUUAACUCUAUUUAUUAGGGGAACAGCAACUUUUGCAAAAGGAAAAAAAGUAAUUUUUAAAAAAGACUCUAAUAAGCUUAAAAGAAAAAACUCUAUUUUAACUUAUAUAUAAUGACAAAGUUGACUUCAAAUUUAAGGUUAAAAUUCAUAUUUAAAUUAAAAAUUCAACACUAACCAAGACAUUGAUGAAGAAAUAUUUGCAUGAAUCAAUUAUGUAAAAUAUAAGGGCUAAGAAAUCAAAUCAAUAAGAAUUCAACUAUGAUAUCAGUAAAAGUAUUAAUAAUUGA